CGUCCUCAUCUCGCUCCUAUCUCUCUCUAGUGUGUCGCCCUCUCUUUUUGCGCAUCUCUCUCUCUCCAGAGUGUACACAAACGCGUUAAUGGAGCCAAUACGACGAGUAGUAAUAGAGGAAUCCCUGCUAUUAUCUAACGACAAUGGCGAAGUUCCAGUUUUUCAGCAAGGGGCAGAGACACUACUCCAAAGACUUCGAUUGUCUAAGCUCCACACUGCAAUUGGUUUUGAUUCGGAUACUUCAUCUCAAAAGGUGUCUUUUCUUAACAAUAUGGUGGAGCAAUACUCAUUUGAUUGCAUGGUGUUAAAUAUAUCCUGUAUAGAGGAUUCUUUAUCUAAAGCCUUGCGAUAUUGGAAUGCCACUGGGGAGAGUUGUUUAUAUGUGACUUCCAGAAAAGAUGAAGAUUUCAUUCUGAAGAUCAGUAGUCAGAAGUGUAGAAUUGUUGUCAUGAGUGUAGAAACUGAUUCAGUUGAGAAAUUGGGGUUGACAGUUAUUAGCAAGCUAGAAGAGCUGCCUUUAACCAUAUGUCGUUUGAGUAAAAUGGUUCUAAGUGAUUCCAUUCUAACAGUUGGGUAUAUCAUGAAACCUUCGCGGGAAAAGGAUUUCGCAAAGAGGGGUGCCUUUCCCAUGGUUCCUAUUGAAAGUGGGUUGAUGUUUGUACCAAUCACAUUUGAUCUUCCCUUAUCAUGUCAAAUCCAAGAACUGGAUGUGGUUCUUCACAAAGCCACCGAUGAGAUUGUGAGUGUUGAUUUGGGGAAUUUGUUGGAUUUUCCUGGAGGAAUUUGUUUCUCGAAGGGCAUGCAAGAAUUGCAGAGAUAUAUCCAUGAUCAUCCAUAUUGCUGUGUGAUUGAUCCUUUCAAGAAUAUUUACCCUUUAUUAGAUCGCCAUAGGAUCCAGCAGAUUUUGAUUGGUUUGGAGGAUCUCAAUUCAGGAAGUUCUCAUAGGAUUCGGGCACCUCAUUUCUUAAAGGUUGAUGAUUUUAAUGCUUCUGAUCUUGCUGAAAAACUAUCCCAGUCGCAACUUUCCCUUCCAGCCAUUGUAAAACCUCAGAUUGCUUGUGGUGUAUCUGAUGCUCAUAGUAUGGCCAUACUCUUUAACAUUGAGAAUUUUAGUGGUCUUCAAGUUCCACUUCCAGCUAUUAUUCAGGAGUAUAUUGACCAUGGGUCAGUUUUGUUCAAAUUUUAUAUGUUGGGGGAACAAAUUUUUCAUGCUGUUAAGAAGUCUACACCCAAUGCCCAUCAUUUGUUGGUCUCAUCAGAUAAAGAUGGCUCUUUACCAGUAGUUUUUGAUAGCUUAAAGUCUCUUCCUACUGGUGACCAAACUUGUGAGACUGGACAAUGUUCCCUUGAUAUAGAACUAGUCAAUAAUGCAGCUAUUUGGCUGAGAAGAAGGCUUGAUCUUACCAUUUUUGGAUUUGAUGUUGUUAUUCAAGAAGGCAGUGGGGAUCAUGUCAUUGUCGACGUCAACUAUUUGCCUUCGUUUAAGGAGGUUACAGACAGUGUGGCCAUGCCGGCGUUUUGGGAAGCAAUCAAGACCUCUUACCAAUCACGAAAAGCAAAAUGAAAGAGACCCAACACUUAUUUAUAUCUCUGAUCAUGAAUAACCAAAACAAAAUGGAGUUACAAAUUCUCACCCAUCAAUCUUCUCACUAGAAUGUACAAGUCUUUAAAUUCAUGUGGUUAUGAGUAGCCAUAACAAACUGGCCUCAAGUGUUCCCAAUUGUCAAUCUUCUUAGAGUUUGAUGAAACUUUUUUUCUAUUUUAUUUCCGAAAUUUGGAAAUAGUGGUUUGUCUUUCUGUGUACUUUUGUUUCUUCCUGGCAUGGAGAGAGGGAGAGAGAGAACAUCA